AUGACGACGUAUGUAAUGGUGAAACGGUCGGAUUGCUCUGACCGUAUUGCUGUAACGAAACAGCGGUCGAGUUGCUUGGGCUGGGAUGGGUCUGGACGGCCACAGUGUGGACUGGGCCAAGUUGCUGGACCGCGGACUGUGCGGGGCUGCUUUGGCCCCAGUGAUACAGCCAAAGCAUGGAGUGGGCCGUACAUCGUCUCUGUCGGGUAG